AGGGAGGCAGGCGAGGGCUUGGGCUAGCUUCACCCAGUGUCCGUUUUCCCUUUGGGAAAUGUGGUCAUUCUACUAAUGCUAGCUGAGCUGAAAGGACCAGCACAGAGCCAGACAUGUAUAUGUAUGUACCUACAACUGGCCUUAUUUAUUACACCACACAAGCCUUCUUUUAUGAAAUAUUUUUAUCCCCCAGCAUUCCUGGAAAUUGCAUGCUCUCCGGGCAUUGUGUGAAACACCAACGCUACCAAAGCUUGAGAGCGCGAGUGUUGCAAACCCCUUUGCAACAGCUCUUUCUUUCCGGCAGUGCUGUGUGAUUUGUGAAAGUGGUCUAUGCAGCACUAUGCUCAGCUGGCUUGCAGCAUGCUAGACCCUGAGGGCAGUGUGGAGCACAGGGCUUCCUCCUCCUCCUUCUCCAGAGUUUUUCUCAUCCCUCUAGCCAUGCUCCUUGCUGUAGCAGCGCUGCUUUUCUUAGCAUUCGCCGCCUCGCAGCAGAAAGAGAACGAUUUUUAUACAUUUAAAGUGGUAAACAUCAGGGGCAAACUAGUAUCUCUGGAGAAAUACAGAGGCUCGGUAUCUCUUGUCGUCAAUGUUGCAAGUGAGUGCGGAUUUACAGACAGCCACUACAAAGCUCUACAACAGUUACAGAGAGACCUUGGUUCACAACAUUUUAAUGUGCUGGCAUUCCCAUGUAAUCAAUUUGGGCAGCAAGAGCCAGACAGUAACAAAGAAAUUGAGAGCUUUGCCCGAAAGACUUAUGGUGCCACCUUUCCUAUGUUCAGCAAAAUUGCAGUCACAGGUGCUGGUGCUAAUGCUGCCUUCAAAUAUUUAAUUGAAUCCACUGGGGAAGAACCAACCUGGAACUUCUGGAAGUACCUGGUAGCCCCUAAUGGGAAAGUAGUAAAGGCUUGGGACUCAACUGUCACUAUUCAAGAAAUAAAACCUUACAUCACUGAGCUUGUGAGGAAAAUCCUCCUGAAACAGAAAGAUGAACUGUGACUUUCAAAAGUCCCAUCAUGUCUAUUAUACCUUGAUUGAUAAUUAGGACUGUAAUUUGACUGUUCGCAUUCCAAAAGAGGAAAUAGAGGGACAGGAAAUCAUUAUGACUAUUUGAAGUUUUCCCCAUCAUCCUAAGAAUACAGGAAACAAUAACUGAAUGUGGUAAAAGGUGAUUUAACCUAGGCUUGUGCUAUCAUUCUAAAGUGAUUGAGUUGAAUAACUCUUGGAAAGAAAAUCAGCCAUUUGUUUAUCUUACUAUCUCAAAUCAUCAAUUUUUGAUAUUAUGAAGAGCCAGUUAGGAUUUUUUUUUGCAGCCAGGCUCAGUUCAGCUAGAAUUUCCUUAGAGAGACCUUACUAGCAACGGCAAUUCAUUUGUCAUGAUUUUGACCAUGAAUUUCAUUUUAAAAUGCAACCCAAAGUAGACGAGUGCACUUGGUGUAGUGUGGACACAGUUAUAAGGGGCAGGCAAAAAUAGGUUUCCUCAAAGCAGAUACACUUAUAAUAAUAUGUGUCUGGUUAGUUAUAAAGGACAGAAACUUGACUCUCUAUUUGUGUCAUGGGUAACUGGGGGAGAAGGGCAUGGGGAGGCCUUAUCUAUAGAACUGAAAUAAAAGACAAAAUUUCCUACAAAAACGUUCUCCAUAAGUUGUGUGAACUGUCUUUAAAUUCUUUGUUUAAAAAAAGGUUGCUGAGUGACAUUAGUACAGUCUAUGUAAUUAAUUUGAACAUCUAUAGGACCAGAUUCUCCUCUGGGUAAAUCAAUGUAGCACCAUUAAAAUCAAUGAGUUAAACUGAUUUAUCCCAGCUGAGAAUCUGCCCCUACUGUUAGGUUUCUUUUUUCAAAAUGUUUGUAUUGUGCUUCAUAUUUUGAGGUUUUGGGAGAAAGAACAAUACUCAUUUUGAGUCAGAGUUAAGGUGGUUGUGGUUGAGUUAAGGUGGUUUUGAAAUCUGCUGGCUCCAUAUGAAUAAUGUGUUUAUUUUGUGGGCAAUAUAAGAUUAAUUAUGUCUUUGAUUAUUCACUUUUAAGUGCUUAGUUUUGAUAAAUGAUGUGAUAGCCAAGUCCUCUAUCACCCAGCAACUUUAAUUAUUUUUUAAAGGUAGCCAAAUGAAAGACAGCAUUUUUAAACUUUUAAAUAAAUGGGAUUGGACAGAUUAUUAAAUUAAAGGAAUGAGUGGUGCUGUCCAAGUUGAAUGGCUUCUGUAGAGCCCUGCUUCAUUCAAAGCACACCUGACAAAGGCACACACAUUUACCAUAUAGCUAAGGUAGCCAAACAUGCCUAGCACACGCUACCGCCUUCAUUCCAAAUAGUAGUAAAAAGUGCUCAAAGAGUUAGAUACUUGUCAGACAAAGGACUAGAAUCCACAUACUUAUGGCACUAAAUGCUUACUUCACUAGGGCACAGUGGUUUCAAGCCAAGUUACUGAACCUCUCAAAACCAUAGUUACCUGUUCUAAAAAUACAUGGCUAAUAAUGGUUUGGCCCUGCCUGAGUGCUGGUGUAAUUUAGAGCAGCCUUGGGGCUGCUCUGAUGUUUGAUCUGCUUCCCCAGGUCCCCUGUGGAACCUGGGAAGCAGAGAAUAGCCAUAUAAAUAUAGAAACAUGUUCUCAAUGUACCCGGUUGCACACACUAAAUAAAUAAAUAAAUGUAGCUGGUACUCUUGGCAGGUGGUUGUGGUGGUGUUGUGUGUGUGUGUGGGGGGGAGGGAUUAGAGCAGGCCUGGCAUAAGCUGUGCCAGCUGGUGAGGCUCUUUAUGUAGGGUAUAGUCAACUCUUGGAUCAGC